AUGAUAGGGUGUUGUUACAAGAUCAAUCAAAGCUUCCGAAGUACGACGUAUUUCGACACUGUUAGUCAUCAAAAAUGGGCGAGUUCGUUUCUCCUAGGCAACUCGUUUCAUCAGACAGGCAAUACCAAUCUCUGGAGGAUGCUUGAGGUGGAAUCCAUGCAGCUAUUACGUCUAUUGGAGGUGCACCAUGUUUCAACCUACAUAGGCCUGGAUGCCAUUGAAAUCCAGCUACGAAAAAAGGCCUUCUGGUUGAUGUUCUACGGUUAUGUACAUCAGAUGCAUAAUAUACGCAACGAGCGUCUAACCUUUCUUGACCCCGUACUUUCAUGCGAAAUCAAUUUCGACCAUCUCAUGCCAGCUCCCGUGGAUGAUGAAUACAUAACAAGGACUGGCAUUUUACAAUGUCCCGAGAGCGAAGCCGCUCAGUCUCUCACCUCGGGCUUUAACAUUCACUCAGAGAUCUUUUUGGCAGCUUUAAGACCUAAAGGCUCGGAUAUUAAAAGGCAUUGUAUCUGCAGUCACGUCAAAGAUCCGGCACUGCGUCUGGCAUCUCUACGGGAAAAACUCCAUCACCUCAAGGACAUCCUCGGCUCAAUAUUGCCUAUAUACAGAUCAUGGAAUAAGUCGGACAUAACCGCCGUUCCUUUCGACCCAGAUGAUAUAGCCAACAUCCAACGCGACACAAUCCGUGCCAAUAUACAUGCCACGCGUUUGUGGCUUCAAGUCAUGCUACUUGAUCAGAUUGAUGUAGUUGGCAGUCAGAGUGGUGAAUCCACAGGGUUACGAGAUUUAGCAUCGUGUGAUGAACGUGAAUAUGUUUCUCGACAGUUGCUCGAUCUUUUGAAUUCUCUCUGUCAACCAAGUUUGGAGCUGAAUGGCCUUGGUUUAGUUUACAAGGUCAGAGACGUCGCUGUUUCGCUCUUAUCGUCUUUACACGAUUACUCGGAGGAGCGGACAUGCCGGGUCACCGCGGAUCUGCAUGAGUUCUCCAGGCUUUUAUCGGUACUUGAUGUUAGCGAGCAGUGCAACUUGUUAAAUCUGCAGAGUUGGAUUGAUACUAGUCGGGAUAAAGAAAUUACAGACUUCAACCUAGUUGAGACCUAG